AUGGCAGGGGAUGCUUCAAUGCAAUCUGCAAGUGGGAACGAAAAGAGGAAGUGGGACCACACCAAGGUAGCAAAGCAUGAAAGGGAUUUCGAUGCGGUGGGCAAGGGCACCACCGCGGACCCGCCAAGCCUCCUCCGACUCGCUGGCAUGGCCCAAGGUGGGCUGCUCUACAGGCUGCAGUGA